AUGGAACAACUACUUCAGUGGGCAGUCAACAAUAGCGAUAACGAAGAACUCCAAAAGCAAGCCGAAGCUGUUCGUCGAGGAGAACUGAAACCUGAUCCGUCAAAGUUCGAUCCCAAAAUUAUCGAAGCGAUCUUGGGCAAAGACGAUGCUACGCGUAUGAAAGAGGCUGUGGAAUGCAUCGCCAAUACCGAAGACACCCUCGAGAACAGAGAGAUUGCACUAGACAACUUGGAGCUUCUUAUAGAAGGCAUCGAUAACGCAAACAAUAUCGAGGCAAUGAACUUGUGGCCUGCAUUACUUGGUCAGCUGACAGCUCCCGAGCCUGAAAUCCGUAAAGGUGUUGCAUGGGUAUGCGGUACCGCCGUACAAAACAAUCCAAAAGCACAAACAGCAUUUAUUUCACACAAAGGAUUGGAUGCUCUUUUGGAUCUCUUGAAAACGGAACAAGAUAAGCAAGUCAAGGGCAAACUCAUUUACGCUCUUUCCGGUGUCUUGAAACACAGCCCUCCUGCCAUUGAUGCUUUCCUCGAUAAGAAUGGUCUCCCAGUUCUUCUUGAUAUCCUCAAACUUGCUGAUGAUCCAGCUAUGCUACGCAAGGUUGUAUUCAUGUUCAACUCGUUGAUGAUUGACAAUGCCAAGUUUGGCGAAGCAUUAUUGAAAACGGACAUUUGGGAAUAUUUGAACAACGUACUUGACAAGUACCCUGAAGAUGAGGAUAUGGCAGAAAAGGUAUUGCGAACAGCCCAUACCCUUUUGAAACAGGCAAAUGGCAAUGUACCAGCAGACUUCAAGACUCGUGCAAAGAAGGCUGCAGAUACCUUUGGAAAGGAACACCUUGGAUUGGUUGAUGAAGAAUGGAAGGAACUCCUCGCUUGA